UUUCUUUCCAUUAUAGGUAUCUUAUGAGUUUCUUUCCUUUAUAAGUAUAUUUAUGGGCGUUUGCAUCCUUCCGAUACAAAUAGUCAUUUAUUCUAACGUAAUUACUAUCGUCCAACAAUCAUAAAUUCAAAUUGAAAGAACAAACGGGUGGUCUUUCCGCCAUUUCCAUCUUUUCAGCUUCUCAUAAAUCAACAAUGGAUUCUUCAUCCAUUUGCCCUUUCUGCCAUUCAUCAGUUCCAUCUUCCCAACUGCAAUGGCACGCCAACAAUCACUUCGAACACGACGAUCUCCAACGCGCUACUGAUUUCGAGUUAGCUCAGCAACUCGCUCUUUCACCCAAUUCGCCUCCGAGAAAACAAGCAGCUAGUGGCUUGCAUUCUGAUAAAACUCAUGGAGGCUCUAAUAAUUGGUAUAAUGGCAUUGUGGCUGGUAGACAUAAUGGAGCGUGGAAAGUGGAUGAAAAGAUCUCUUGUUUGGUUGAUUUACAGAGAAAGAGUGAGUUUUACAAGAUUGAAGCAGGUUUAAUAGCCUUGUUGAAAAACUGUUUGGAGUCUGAAGCAGAGAACUCAAGAACCAUUUUGUCAGGUUAUGUUGAUCACUUCCAGAGCCUUGAGUUUGAGGAUGUAGGAUGGGGCUGUGGUUGGCGAAACCUUCAAAUGCUCAGCUCACACUUGCUGGUACAGAGGCCACAAGCAAGAGAAGUCUUGUUUGGUGGUUCGGGAUUUGUUCCUGAUAUAUCUUCACUCCAGAGAUGGCUUGAGAUUGCUUGGGGAAGGGAUUUUGAUCCACCUGGUGCUGAUCAAUUCAAUCAUGCUGUUUAUGGCUCGAGAAAAUGGAUAGGAACCACGGAGUGUGCUGCCCUGUUGCGUUCAUUUGGUCUCCGAGCUAGAGUAGUCGAUUUCGGUCCUAAAGAAUAUGAAUCACUUUAUCUAUCUGUCCCAGGUUCAAGUGUUGGGGCACUGCAGCCACUGAGAACUAAUAAUUGGAGGAAGAGGAAAGCAAUAAUUUCUGGACCAAUGGAUAGGUAUCUGUCUCGUACUGUUUCUCAAUCAAGUUGUAGCCAGAAAGAGAACUCAUGUUCUUCUCCCAAUGACACUGAUAGUAAUGCCAACAUAAGUAAGGGUCAUCAAGCUCUCAUGGACUUUGUUUGGAAUUACUUUUCUAACAAUAGCUCGAUCCAAUUUGGUCACAGGCGUGUUAUUGUAUGCGAGAAAACGCCCUUGUACUUUCAACAUGAUGGACAUUCAAGAACAAUAGUUGGAAUUCAAGUCAAGCAUCAACGGACAGGAACACUGCAAUAUAACCUCCUCAUUCUUGAUCCUGCUCAUAAAACGGCUUCUCUAGAAAAAUCACUUAGGGAGAAAGUUGGAUGGCAGAGACUCGUAAAAAGAGGAAUCCACACAUUGAGGAAGCCACAAUACCAGUUAUUCUUGUUCCAGCUGUGUUAUGUCGACCCUGGAAUUGCAAGUGAGGAGGAGAUGGAAAAACUCAAGACAAUUGAUAGUGUGUUCAUUGAAAUUUAGAUACAUGAAGUUAUUGGUACAUUAAGAUCAAGAAGGUGCCACAAUUUCCGAGAAGCCUCAUUCGACUCCCAACUUCGAGACGCCGAGCCAAGGGAACGCCAAGAAAUGAAACCUUGAUGAGGCGUCUUCUCAAAAUGAUGAGCCUUGUCUUGACAUCGGCUCCAGGGAAUUCCUGACCUUCACCUUUAUCAAUCAUCACUUAAUUGUGGAAUGCAUUCUAUCCCUUGAGAAAGAUCUCUUUGUGAAAACCUAUAGUGGUUAUUGCAUUCUCUACUGAAGGGUGUCGCUCAUGUAAGGUAGGUAGAGGUUAAGGCAAACUCUCUUUCAAAUGCUACGUUAGGAGAGGGGGUACAUUUGUUGCAAGGGAAGGUGAAUUACUUUGAGACUACAAUUGCUGAGCUCCAAAAGGAGAGGGAGUCUUUGAAGGGGAGAAUUGAUACUUAGAAGGCGGAUCUAUAAAAAUCGAGAGAUAUCAUGAAACAGGCCGACCAUGAGACAGAGGUUGUGGUGGACUUCCUUCCGUAGCAGUCGUUCAGGAUCGCACUCUAACUCGACCUUCAGCCGUUCUAGGCGACCUUGAUGGCUGCGAAUCAAUCCCAUGAUUUUCGUUGCUUCUCUGUUUUUUAACCCUUCAGAAAUGUGGAUUUGAGAACCUAACCUUCCAUUUUCCUAAGUCGCCUCUACCUCUGUCCUCUGCAGCAGCACCUUUACCUCUUUUUGAGUGUUAGGAUAUAAAAAGAACUCGAUCGUUGUUAGGAUGUUCUCCACAGUGGGAUUUUUAAUCGGAUGUAGUACCUUCAUUUUUUAAGUGACCUUUCGCCAUGGUCUAGUGUUGACUUUUAGGUUCUUGACAAUAAUAUUAAUGUUUUGAGGGUGAUCUGAAACUAAUAUAAUUUUGGUUUAGACACGAGAUUUAGAUUUUUCUU